GAAAUUCAAUUGUGCGAAUCAUGGGCUACAGUUACCGUAUGUCCCAUGACCGGCAAUCAACAAAUUCUUACAAGGUUGUGGCAAAAGGUACAUGAGCAUUAUGUUGAUAAUUGGACGGGUGAAACCGGGGUUCGGCUAGCUUUGGCUCUUCAGUCUCAUUUCAAGCCUUUGAAGAGACUUCUCAAAGCGUCGCACAACGCAAAAAUUCAAGUUGGGAUUCAUAGACCAAGUGACACCAAUCAAUUGGAUGAGGAGCAUCAAAUUAACCUAGAGUAUAUGAGGGUGAUUAAAAAGCAAUUCGAGCAUAAGGAAUGUUAGGAGGCGAUGAAGGAUCACCCUUAUUUUAGAGAUGCACCAACGUCUCAGGUCACCCCCUUUGUUUACUCCACGGCUAGAAGUCCCCAAAUCGAAUCACCAAUUAAUUUGGAUGAUGAAGAAAUUGUUUUAGAGACUCCCCCUAGGUCCGUCGGAAGGCCAAUGGGACAAAAGACCGCCAAAGAAGCAAGAAGGAAAGGAAAAGAGAAAGAAGCUGUGGGUGAAUCCAUGAUUCAAGCCCUACUAGCCAUGAAUGAGAGCAUCAAAAUUUCCAAUGAGAUUCUUAGAAAAAGAGAAGAGGACCAUUGUGCCGAAAGUGCAAGAAUGAUGACAUUUGAAGAGCCAAAAGAGAAUGCAAGGAUAAUGGCCAUGCGGAAUAGUGAUAUUUCCUUGGGUUCACAAGAUUGGUUUAAAAAAUUAAAGAGGGACAUUAGGAGAAAAACUGAUCAUAACGCUAAUGCGGAUUGUUAUAGGCCUCUUUUUGAGGAACGACAAUCCCCACAAUAGAGUGUUGUGUUUUAAUUGUAUAUUUAAUUGUUAAGUUGAUUGUAUUAUGCAUUUUUCUAUUUAAUGAAAUAAAGGUCAAUCAUUCGUUAUG